AUGUUGUCGUCCAGCCCCGAGAUCCAGCCCGGCGGGUCGCCGCCCCCGGGCGCCGGGCAGCCGCUGUUGCAGCCCACCAAGGUGGACUCGGCCGAGGGCCGCCGGCCGCAGGCGCUGCGGCUGAUCGAGCGCGACCCCUACGAGCGGCCCGAGCGGCUGCGGCGGCUGCAGCAGGAGCUGGACGCCUUCCGGGGCCAGCUGGGCGACGCGGCCGCGCUGGACGCCGCCUGGCGCGAGCUGCAGGAGGCGCAGGAGCUGGACGCGCGCGGCCGCUCCAUCGCCAUCGCGCGCUGCUACUCGCUCAAGAACCGCCACCAGGACGUGAUGCCCUACGACGGCAACCGCGUGGUGCUGCGCUCGGGCAAGGACGACUACAUCAACGCCAGCUGCGUGCAGGGCCUGUCGCCCUACUGCCCGCCGCUCGUGGCCACGCAGGCGCCGCUGCCCGGCACCGCCGCCGACUUCUGGCUCAUGGUGCACGAGCAGAAGGUGGCGGUCAUCGUCAUGCUGGUGUCCGAGGCCGAGAUGGAGAAGCAAAAGGUGGCGCGCUACUUCCCCACGGAGCGGGGCCAGCCCGUGGUGCACGGCGCGCUGCGCGUGGCGCUGAGCAGCGUCCGCGCCACCGAGACGCACGUGGAGCGCGUGCUCAGCCUGCAGUUCCGGGACCAGAGCCUCACGCGCUCGCUCGUGCACCUGCACUUCCCGACGUGGCCCGAGCUAGGCCUGCCCGACAGCCCCCGAACACCUGCU